AUGUCUGACACUCCACCCGGACUGUAUCGGGAGCGAGUAGACUCGCCUCCCAGAGAUGUGGAAACAGUCUCCUUCUGGCUCGGCACGCGUUCGAUCACAGGCACUGGAGAAGUCUACAACUCUAGGCAUCGCAACGUUCGCCGGCUGACGAUUCAGCCUAAAUGGUUCGACAAAGUUGCCACUACAGCCUUGGCCAUCUUUCCCAAGUUCGCACAGCCUCGUCUGCAGAAGUGGUUCCCGGAGUGGUACCUCCCUCGCAAUAUCGUGCUGAAGACGCAAAAGAAGAACUGGGAAAAUGAAUUCUACGCUGAGAUCAAGUACUACAAGGCCCUGGAAUCCCUACAAGGCAUCUACAUCCCAAAGUACCUUGGAGCCACCGAGUUAAACGGCGUCAAGAGCCACGUCUUGUCCGAUGUUGGCGGCAUCUGCGUGGCCGACAUUGAUGAGGGCAGCGAAGAUCUUGCUCCUGCUAUCGAGAAGUUGUUCCGCCACACAAUCUCUGCUGUGGCCGCCAUGGGCCACUACCAGAACGACAUGAGGCUUGACAAUUUCCAUCUCGUGGGCGAUAAAAUAGUCAUUGUGGACUUGGAGCAAAUGGGCAUAUUUUCGCCCCGGUACAACUUGGAAGCAAUCAUUGGCUUUCUUGUGCAGAAGAUGACGGCCAUCUUCUCCACGUACCAACAUGAACUGCGGGAUGGAUGGCAUGGUGAUAUUAUUUGAAGACUAAGACCUAUACUUCUGACACAUUCAAUUUGCGUCGCCGUUUUUGAUUCAUUCUUUCAUUCUUUCACUCAUUCACCCUUUUUUACUUGCUUUCAUUCAUUCUUUUAUUCAUUCUUUUAUUCAUUCUUUCCUUUAUUCUUUCCUUCAUUCUUUCCUUCACUUUCCUUCACUUUCCUUCACUUUCCUUCAAUUUCCUUCAUUCUUUAUUUGUCUUUCUUGAUUUGUCUUUCAUUUCUUUAUUAUCUUUUCCCCUAUUUUGGCUUGGUGUUAAGGUUGGACUAUGGGAUUCAUCUUGACAAUUGGUUACGAGAAAUUGAGCAUCAGAAAGCUAUUCUUCUUACCUUCCACUGGCUACACUGAUUGGCAAUCAACAGGGACAAAAAAAGGGGUUCUUUUUUUUUGAGCUUUAGAAAGUUUUUAAACGGCGCUAUCUGUUGUUGGGAAAUUGGCACUCGGAAGCGUUACCACUGGCGCCCGCAUUGGCGGGGGAGUCGCGAUUCUUCUUAUAGACUUUACUGCCAUUCUCAGGGAUAGACGAGAAAGGCCAUGUAUUUACUUUGAUAUAAUCAAUUUUUUUGGCCACG